CAUGUCAAUAGUAACUGUGCAACUUGGUCAGUGUGGCAAUCAGAUUGGUUUUGAAGUGUUUGAUGCUUUUUUUGAUGACUCAUACUGUUUUCAAGGACUCUGCUCUAAGAAAGAAAAUGAAGCAUAUCAAGCAUCUUGCAAAGAAAGAUUCUUCAAUGAGGAGAAAAAUGGAGCUCUAGUUGCCCGGGCUCUGCUUGUUGAUAUGGAACCUAAAGUUAUCAACCAAACACUAUCAAAGGCUACUCAACCUGGUCGAUGGAAAUAUGGCCAGCAUGCAUGUUUCUGUCAAAAACAAGGUUCUGGAAACAACUGGGCAUAUGGUUACUCUGUUCAUGGGCCCAGACAUGAAGAAUCUAUCAUGAACCUAGUUCAGAAGGAAGUGGAGAAAUGUGACUCAUUGAGUGGCUUUUUCAUCAUAAUGAGUAUGGCUGGGGGCACAGGAUCAGGACUGGGAGCCUUUAUUACCCAGAAUUUACAAGAUCAGUACCCAAAUUCCUUGAAAAUGAAUCAGAUAAUAUGGCCUUUUGGAACUGGUGAGGUUAUUGUUCAGAACUACAACUCUGUUUUGACUCUUUCUCACUUGUACCGAUCUUCGGAUGCUCUCCUUUUCCAAGAAAAUGACACUAUCCAUAAGAUCUGUGCCAAACUGAUGAACAUCAGACAGAUCUCCUUCAGUGAUAUAAAUCAAGUCCUGGCACAUCAGUUGGGAAGUAUAUUCCAGCCUACCUACUCUGCAGAAGACUCACUUCACUACAGAAGAAAUCCUUUAGGAGACUUAAUGGAGAAUUUAGUUCCCCAUCCUGAAUUCAAGAUGCUGGGUGUGCGUAACAUUCCUCAAAUAUCUGAGAAUUCUCUGGCAUACAGCACGUUUACUUGGGCUGGCCUCCUCAAGCAUUUAAGACAGAUGCUCAUUUCUAAUGCAAAAAUGGAAGAAGGUAAUGGUAGGAAUGUUCGACCUCCUUUGUCAGGACUUCCUGCCCUUGGCAAAGAGUCUUCCAAUAAGGAGCUUCAUUUUAACACAUCCGUUGCUAAUUUGGUCAUCCUUCGUGGGAAAGAUGUACAAAAUGCAGAUCUGGGAGGAUUUAAAGAUCCAGCUAUCUAUACUUCCUGGUUAAAACCUGCUCAUGCUUUUAACAUGUGGAAAACUCAGCGAGCUUUCAACAGAUACGAAAAGUCUGCAACACUGGUCAGCAAUAGCCAGUUCUUAGUAAAGCCACUUGAUAGGAUUGUGGGCAAAGCGUGGAAUAUGUUUGCUUCAAAAGCCUAUGUUCAUCAAUACACAAAAUUUGGAAUUGAAGAAGAAGAUUUCUUGGACGGUUUCACAUUGUUGGAGCAGGUUAUUGCCAGUUACUGUAACCUGUGAUCUUGAACAAAAGUAAUUUUGGACAAGCAUUUUCAAACUACUGUUU